UCGACUCACGCAGUUCACGAGAAUCCGUAAGAGAAGACAGCAGGGGAACUACACCGAACAAAAAAACAAAAAAACAAAUGAAGCUUCACCGUCAGCUCGUUUUACCCUGCUAGGUUUUUAUGUAACGCCUUGAAAGCUCGCCGUAAAACGUGAUUUGUCUGACCCACAACAUGUCCAGAAGAGGGCGGGCCAAGCCUUCCAAGCCAGGAAUCUUUCCAGGUCAGGGCGACCCCCCUCAGGGUCAGGGUAUCCAUGUUUAUCUCUUCUGGACCAAAGAAGGAGAGAGAUAUUUGUCUCACACAACUGGGAAGGUGACAGCAGAGGAGCUGUGCAUCUCAGCUGCAGAGGCUGUAGGGAUAAGUCCUCUGUGCCAUGUGUUGUUUGCGCUGUACAAUCCCAUAACGCGUUGCUGGUACAGUCCGAACCACAUCUUCAGUCCAGAGGAGAACUCCAACCUUGUACUUCUCUACUGUUUGAGGUUUUAUUUUCGAAACUGGCACGGACUGAGUGAAAAAGAGCCCAUUGUGUCCCGCUAUGCUCACCGAUCUGGGAGUAAUCAGGGGGGUUCCCCUCUGCUUGAAAUCACAUCCUUGGAGUAUCUAUUUUCCCAGGCUAAAUUUGAAUUUGUGAAUGAAGUGGUGGAAAUGGAAGAUGUCAAGUCAGAAGAAGAACUAAAUCGCUUCAAAAAUGAGAGCUUGGGAAUGGCUGUGCUUCACCUUUCACAUCAGGCAGUGCAGACAGGCUCUACCUUACAAGACGUAGCUUCAAAAGUCAGCUUCAUAGGCUGCAUUCCAAGGACUUUUGCCAAACACAUUUCUCGAGACAACUUCCUGACUAAAAUCAGGAUCCGGCGAGUGUUUGCGGACUUUGUGCGGACCUUCCAGCAGCACACGGUGGAUAAGGGGCGACUGGGUGCCCAGGAGAUUAUGUAUAAGUACAUAUCUACCCUCGAACACUUAGCACCACGUUUUGGCACAGAGACUUUCACUGUAACCCACCUGGAUCUGAGGGAGGAUGCAGAUGGAAGCAGCUCUUACUCUAACACCACACAUGCCCAGGGUGUCUCGAAGGACAACUUCCAGGCUCCUGCCACACAUGAAAUAAUGGUGUCUGGCACCCAGGGGAUUCUGUGGAGGAAAGUGUCCAUUCAGAAGGCACAGGCAAACACUUACAUGAGGAACGACUACUUGAACUACAGUAAGAGAGCAAAACAGCAGUCCAGUCAACCAAAAGCAGACGAUGACUGGACCUUCUUCUGUGAUUUCCCUGAAAUAACUCACAUAGCCAUUACUGAGGCUAAUGUGUGCAUUAGCACUCAAGACAAUCAAUGCAUGGAGGUUCAGAUGAACUCCAGCCAGGAGGCCCGUUCCUUCAUCUCCCUCCUAGAUGGAUACUACCGACUGACUGCAGACGCCCACCACUAUCUUUGUCGUGAAGUGGCUCCCCCAAGGGUAGUGCUGAGUGAAGCAAAUCUACUGCAUGGACCUAUGCAGGAUGAUUUUGUGCUACUGAAGUUGAAAAAGGAGGCAGCAGAAGAGGGAGCUUUCCUCGUUCGUUGGAGUGCUCUCGACUAUCGCCGCAUCAUCUUAGCUGUGCUAAACAAAAAUGAGAAUGGUGCUGCAUCAAGCCACAAGCAGUUUCGUAUUCAGCUCAAGGGCUCGAUGUUCUGUCUGGAGGGCUGGGACCGAGAGUUUUCCAGUGUGAAGGAGCUGACAGAUAACCUCAAGACCUUUGUACUCAAAUCUGGUUCGGACAGCUUCACUGUAAAAAAAUGCUAUCCUCCAAAACAAGCAGGUUUGUGUUUAGAGGUCACUGCAAAUGUUUUGUUGCUUUACGCUACAAUCUUCUUGUGUAUUUUGAAGAAACUGUACUGUGGGAUGUAUGAGUUUACACAGGUUCAUGUAUGUUUGUAUGACACUCUGUGUGAUGCAGAGCUUUCCAACCUUCUGGUGAGGAGGCAAGGUGUCAACCGCCGCCAUUGCAAUGACUCCUUGGCUCUGAACAUGACCCAGCUACGCUUUCACCAGAUCAAGGAUAAAGAGAUCAUACAGGAACAGCAUUUGGGCCGCGGCACCAGAACUAACAUCUACGCAGGUCGUCUGCUAGUGCGGGGUGGAGAAGAGGAUGAUGAUGAUGAUGAGUUCAACAACAACUCUUCUGACCGGAAAGGCAUCCGAGUGGUUCUCAAGAUUCUGGAACAAACCCAUAAAGAUAUUGCUCUAGCAUUUUUUGAAACUGCAAGUCUCAUGAGCCAGGUAUCCUACAGACACCUGGUGUUUGUACAUGGUGUGUCUGUCAAGGGAUCUGAAAACAUCAUGGUUGAAGAAUAUGUGGAGUUUGGGCCUUUGGAUGUUUUCCUUCGCAAAGAAAAGGCAUCUGUGACUCCUCAGUGGAAGUUCAUCGUUGCAAGACAACUUGCCAGUGCCCUCAAUUAUCUUGAGACAAAUCGGCUAGUUCAUGGAAACGUCUGUGCAAAGAACAUUCUGGUAGCAAGGCGGGGUCUGGAGCCUGGCAUUUCCCCUUUCGUCAAGUUGAGUGAUCGAGGAAUUGCCCUGAGUGUCCUUUCACGGGCGGAGCGUCUGGAGCGUAUCCCGUGGAUUGCCCCUGAGUGUGUUGACAGUGGUGCACCCAUUGGCAAUGCUGCUGACCAAUGGAGCUUUGGCGUCACACUGCUAGAAAUCUGCAACAACGGCGACCUUCCCAUGAGUGGCAGCACAUUGUCUGAGAAAGAGCACUUUUAUCAGCAAAAAGGGCGCUUAGCUGAACCAUCCUCCCAGGAACUGGCCAGAUUCAUCAGCAUGUGUUUGACCUAUCAGCCUGAGGAGAGGCCUUCGUUCCGCACCGUGCUCAGAGAACUCCCGAAUAUCUAUAUAGAUAAUCUUGCUAUGUCACCAAGUGAAACUUUCCCGGGCUCAGACCCCAGCGUGUUCCAUAAACGCUACCUGAAAAUGAUACGGGUCUUAGGAGAGGGUCACUUUGGAAAGGUGACGCUGUACUUGUACGAUCCGGCCAACGAUGGAACAGGGGAACGCGUGGCAGUGAAAGCUUUGAAGCAAGAGAACGGUCAUGUGCCUGAAGGCUGGAUGAAAGAGAUUGAGAUCUUGAAGUCCCUCUAUCACAGCAACAUUGUCAAGUACAAAGGCUGUUGUACUGAACUGGGAGGACAAGUGGUGCAGCUAAUAAUGGAGUACCUUCCUUUGGGGAGUCUGCGAGAGUACCUUCACAAACGUAAACUCUGUGUGCCACAGUGCCUCAUGUUUGCUCAGCAGAUCUGUCAGGGGAUGGAGUACUUGCAUUCCAGGCGGUACGUCCAUCGAGAUCUGGCAGCCCGCAAUGUCUUAGUGGAAAAUGAGGGUUUGGUGAAGAUUGGAGACUUUGGCCUGACAAAAUACAUCCCUGAAGGAGAGAUCUACUACCGUGUCCGUGAGGAUGGCGACAGCCCAGUGUUCUGGUAUGCCAUUGAGUGCUUGAAGGAGAAUAAAUUUUCCUUUUCCACUGACAUUUGGUCAUUUGGAGUUACUCUGUAUGAGAUCCUCACCCGCUGUGACCAUCGCCAAAGCCCUCCAGUAAAGUUCUCUGAGAUGAUGGAGACAGCCCAGGGGCAGAUGACUGUGUUGACACUCAUAAAACUGCUGGAGAAACGGCUGCGUUUACCUUGUCCCAAAGACUGCCCACAUGAGGUGAAGACGUUGAUGGAGCAGUGCUGGGAUGAAGAUCCUGAAAAGCGGCCAACAUUCGGAUCCCUCAUCGAAAAGUUUGAAGCUGUACGGCGAACGUACGACUGGCAGUCCAACAUAAAUUUUUCAUUGGCUCAGAUUUGCUGAUCAGGAGUCAGUGAAGAUCCACAUGACCACAUGUCACUAUGCCAACCAUAUAUUGCAAUCAUGUGUUUUAUAGUGUGCAAGUCCUGAUGGCUCGAUUUGCAGAUAUGUCUUUUAUAGGGUUUUUUUUUUUUUAAUGAUUAAAGCACACUGCUAUCCUCUCAUAUGUGAUAUGACCAGUAAAAAACCCAACUGGUAUGUUUUUUUGUUAUUUUUAAUUAUUGAUGGGUUGAACUUCAUAAGGAAUGUAAGGGCAUGGACAGUCAGUGUAACGUUUUGUCUUUUAAAAGUUAUGGCUUUGCAUAUAUCACAUUAAGUAUUAAGAAUGUCUAUAUGGUUGGGAGAUUACUGCAUUUCAUUUUCUGUCUAUUUUUGUAUAUUUUUGAGUGUAUGUUAACUUAGCACUUAAUUUUGUAACACAAACAAGUUAAAUCAAAUAAACAAUUUUCUUUAUGAUAACCAGA